UCAUUCAACAUUGAUCUUUUGUAUGAUUUGAGUAGUGAUUAAGGUUGACUCUUUUUUAUCCUUAUUCCUGAGAGAUAUCAGUUUAUUCUGAAAAUGUUGGAUUAUGUUUAAUUCUAUUUGCUGUCACUUGUCAUUGCUUCCUCCAGAUUAACACUGACUUCUUCUUAGAGCUGACUUCCAUGAGAUAUCCUGGCAAUCCUUUCUACCUGGAUGUGCAUCUUGAUGUCUUUGGUAAUCCCGCAGGAGCACACGACAGUUACUCUUGUUAAAUCCUCAUUGAGGUAUUUUACUCAUAGGAAUGAUUGUUGCCGUAAUUUAAAGCGAAAUGUCCUGAACGACACAAGAGCUUCUUCCAAGGAUUUGGCAAUAGGAGUAAUUUUCUUAUCACAGACUACAGUUGGAAUCCUGGGCAAUUUCUCUCUUCUUUACCAUUAUCUCUUUCUUUCCCACACUGGAUGCAGACUGAAGCCCACAAAUGUGAUUCUCAAGCACUUGACUUUAGCAAACUCCUUGGUCUUUCUCUCUAAAGGACUUCCACAGGCAAUGACAGCUUUUGGGUUGAAAUAUUUCUUUAAUGAUUUUGGAUGCAAAUUUAUUUUGUAUGUUGAAAGAGUGGGCAGGGGAGUAUCCAUUGGCAUCACCUGCCUCUUGUGUGUCUUCCAGACCAUCAUGAUUAGCCCCGCAAACUCCAGAUGGAAGCAUUUUAAAGCAAAAGCCCCAAAGCACAUUGGUUACUCCAUUCCCUUCUGCUGGAUCCUGUACCUAGCGGUAAAUUUCAUUUUCCCUGCCUAUGCGGUUGUCACAUACAGCAACAAAAACACCACAAAGAAAAGAGAUUUUGGAUACUGUUUGAGUAUAGGUCAUGACAAAAUCGUAGACUCACUGUAUGCGGCGUUAUCUAUAUUCCCUGAAUUUUUACUUUCUGUGCUCAUAAUCUUGUCCAGUAGCUCCAUGAUUUUCAUUCUACACAGGCACAAGCAGCGGGUCCAACAUAUUCAUGGGACAAAAGUUUCCUCCAGAUCCUCCCACGAGUCCAGAGCCACCCAGAGCAUCCUUGUCCUGGUGACCACCUUUGUGUCUUUUCACACCCUCUCCUCCAUCUUACAUGCUUAUAUUGUUCUAUUUCACAAUCACAGUUGGUGGUUGGUUAAUAUUGCUGCCCUAAUUUCUGCAUGUUUUCCAACUGUUAGCCCCUUUCUUCUCAUGAGGCAUGAUUCCAGCAUAUUUAGACUCUGCUUCCUCUGGCUUAGGAAAACGAAAUGUCUUCAUAUUAUUAAAUAAACCACGUUUUUGCACAAUGA